GCUGGGCGCAGGACAUCGAUCGUCGCUCACACCCGGCGGGCGCCCGGCGGCGGCCGGAGCCUGUCCUCGGCGCUGCGUCCGCGCUGCCUUCUCGGCGUCUGUCCCGCCACCCCGUUCCUCUGCCUCCAUGACCCGCAGUAGGAAGCAGGCGGCACUGGAGAGAGGAGCCGGGAAGAUGAACCCAGAGGCGGGGAGCGCCGCGGCGGCGGCCGCGGGAGCCCGGGCGGCGGCGGCAGGGGCAGCUGGCGGCGAAACGGCGGCCGCCGCCUGGGGGCUGGAGGGGGAAGCGGAGAAAGUUGUGUACUCGCGCUCGCAGGUCUCCUUCGCUGGCACCAAGGCGCUGGGCGACGCCCUCAAGCUCUUCAUGCCCAAGUCCACUGAGUUUAUGAGCUCGGACUCGGAGCUGUGGAACUUCCUCUGCAGCCUCAAGCACGAGUUCUCCCCGGUCAUCCUCCGCAGCAAGGACGUCUACGGAUACUCCUCGGGGCAGGAGGAGGAGGCGGCGGCGGAGGCGCCGGAGCCGCCGGGCGAGCAGGCGGACAGGGAGCGGAGCAGCCCGGCGGCGGCCGCCUGGGAGCCGUUCGGCGGCAGAUCGCUGGAGGAGAUUUGGAAGGCGGCCACCCCCCGCCUCACCACGUUCCCCACCAUCCGUGUGCGGGGCAGCGUGUGGAGCCGGCGGAGCCUGGCGGCGGCGCGGCGGCGGGCGCAGCGGAUCCUCGGCGUGGACCUGUCCCCCGUGGUGCGGGUGCGCCGCUUCCCCGUGGCGCCGUCCUGAGCCCGCGGGGUCCCCGCUCCCCGCGCCUCACCUGGGCCGCGGUGCGGACAAAGAGACCGGUAUCAGUCACCUGUUUACAUUGCUUUUGUCUGGAUCGUGUUCUGCUGCAGCACUUUAUGGCCCGCUCGGGCGGCGCCGGGCCCCCCGCCGUAUGGGGGGCGGCCUGCCGGGCCCCGGCCUCGCCCUGGGCUGGGACCGUCUGGCAGGUAUCACGCAUAGGGACCAAGUUCCACUUCCACUUUUUUUCUCUCCCAUUGGGCUACCUCACUGGUCCAGAAGUCCACCCAAGAAGUUAUUUUCCAAAGGAACUUACUUUCAUGCUUGUAUAAUAAAGCACCAUCUGAAUUCUUGCUAUUUUUUUCCUUCCCCCUCCCUUCCCCAUUUCUGAUGGAUUAUGUAUGCUUUGUGGUGUUGCACUAGUAUGUGCUCAGGGUAUUUUGAAUCCCAAGCAUUCCCAAGUUUCAGUUUAUUCUGAUAAAGGAUGCAUAAAGAAUGGAGGUUCAGGACUUGUGGCUGUUCUUGAUGGUGCAAAAACUUUUUUUUAAUUAUAAUUUCAUGGGCUUAGUGAUAUAUAAAGAUGUAUUGCGCAGUAUAAUUGUUACACUUUUGUAUCUAAAGUCAUUUUUAAAGUUUUCUAGUUGAACUAAGUAUUUGUUUCUAUGGAGCACCUAAAGAUAGAAUCAUCCUGAUAUUUUAUAACCCUGUUUACUUUAGGGAAGCUCAUUUGGUCAACCUAAGUGAACUUAAUAAAAGUUAAAGAACAAGUGGCGUUUCAGUUCAAUGAAACUGCACAGGGUUGGGUUCCUGGUGAAGUACACCACCACCGAGGCGCUUUAUGUCAAUGAGCUCUGCCUUUUUGAAGAAUGUAACUGCUCAUCAAAGCGAUCUGUAGGUAUCUGGGGGUGAACUCUGAUCCAAUGUUGGUGCUGACAGCCAGAAGUCAGGAGCUCGCAUGACAUAAAUAUCACACUGAAGUGCCUGGCUCUGCAAAAAGAGCAGAACUUGAUACCUGAUCACUUCAUGACAAACUAGCACUUGUUGACCUGCAGUUGGAAGAUGGUUAAUGAUGGAUAAUCAUAUUUAAUAUAAUUAUUUGCACAUAAUUAUUUUUAUAAACCUUUCAUGGGUUUUGCAGUAGACUGGUGAAAAUUCAUGAUGUAGCUUGAUUAUUUUGACUGAAAAAUAACAUGUAGUCAUUCUGUGCGCUAGGCAGUCACUUUUAAACUGAUUUAUUAAAGGCUUUUUUUUAGGUCUUA